UUAUUUUGUACUUCUUGAGAAAGUGAGCAUCCCUGUCCCCUCAGAACAUCGGCAGACAGAAGGAGCCCUGAGCUCUGGUUACAGCUUCGUUUUAUAAUCUUCAAGCUUUGCAGGAAAACGGUACAUGCUGAUUGGUUAUUCAAGCAUUCUCUAUGGUUAACAAAGUAAAACAGCUUCUGCGUCACCUCACUGCGCAUGACCGCAGUAUCUUAUAACUCAGCUGAAAGGCAUGUGAGGGCAUCUAGAGACACUAACACAUAAUUCUAAAAAAGUACACUAAAAAAGUAAAAAACAAAGUAGAAACAUAGAAAGAUGCAUUUUCCCACUAUAACACUUAGUGUUUAAAUUAACCUUUAGUGUUAAAUAAAACAUUUCGUUUUGAAUAAAACCUACAUUGCUGAAUGAACCCCUACAGUGUUAAAUGAACUUCAGUGUCAAUUUCAGUGAAUAAACACCUUCACAUUUCAACCCCCACAGUGUUGAAUUAUCACCUACAUUGCUGCAUGAACCCCUACUGUGUUAUACGCACACCUGGUGUUGAAUAAAACCUACAUGCUGAAUGCACACCUACAGUGUUGAAUAAACCUUCAGUACAUCAUAAACCCCUACAGUGUUGAAUGCACACCACAGUGUUGAAUGAACCUUCAGUGUGGCACGAACCCUAAAAGAGUUGAAUGCAUACCUAUAGUUGUGGAUAAAACCUGCAUGCCGAAUGGACCCCUACAGUGCUGCAUGAACACGUGAAGUGCUGAAGGAACAGCUACAGUGAGCUUUUGGGUAUACCUGUACUCAGACAAACGCUAAGCUGUUGGUUCAGCAGUAUCGGUGUGUGAAUUCGACACCCGGGUUUUUUUGUUUUUUUUUCAGCUGUGCCUUAUAACCAGCUCGUAGCGUUGAGGAUGACGUAAAACGCUCGCGCUCUCUAGAAGCGUUCGGAAGCGCGCGCGCGCGGCGGCGGCGGUGGCGCGCGACGUAAACGUCAGAGCAAGAUGAGUGCGGCGGACGUCGAGGGGGAAGAGGCCACCUCGUGCAGACGCGGAAGCGCCGGAUCGAGUCCCUGCGCUUCCAGCCAGAAACCCCGGAACCGGAGCCAGCGGCCCGUGCGCACCGCGGCGGCUCUGCGCCAAGCGCGGGAGCGGAGCGCGUGACACAAACAAACGAAAGAGCGACGAGACCAUGUUGCUGCGCACGCGACCGCCUCUUCUUCUUCUCCUUCUUCUACUUCUUGUUCUUUCUCGCCCUCUCGAGCGGGCCUUCGACGAUGCACGCAGUAAUAAUAACCCCAUCGUCCCCCAGAUGGACUAACUGAUUAUCGCAGAUCAUCGCGGAGGGAAGCCGCCGUUCAGUGUCACGGAGGGGAAGUGAAGGUACCGAAAGGGGGAAAAACGGACGCGCGAGGCGGACCUCAACGUCAAAUGACCAUAGUGGCAGAAAAGAAGCCGCCACGGUGGAGUCGGCCGGUGCUGCGCUCGUCCGAAAUAUGACCAGCGGCGCUCGCAAGCCUCGGCAGAGAGAUGACGGCUUAACGCACCGGCUUGCACCUCGCGAGAACGAGCAACAGUCCGCAGACUCCGAGCGGGCGCAACGAUGGCGGCUCUCCUUGGCGUCGCUCGUCGUCUUUGCCGCGCUGCUCUCUGACCGGCCGCGCUUCUGCGCCGAGGCCAAUCUCACCCGGAGCCGAGACGAGGAGACGAGGAGAAUCGCUUCGGCUCGAGACGCCAUUUCCCUCGGAAACUCCAGUCAGCCGGCGUGGAGACUGGAAACGUGCCGCGCGGACGGCGCGUCCAGGAGCUGCUUCACGUUCGCCGACGCGGACCACCUGUGUGCGGGCCUCUCGGGGCCAGACGUGAACCCGAACGACUUGUACCUCUCGUUUUGCAACGCCUACUCACUAAUGGAUUUGCUGUACGGCUCGACGAACCCGGACGACUUGAACUGCAGCGUGGAUGCGCUCGCGAGCGGCGACCCGUCCAGGUGCAGCCUGUGCGUGCAGGCGUACCAGCGCUACGACCUGCACGCUCAGGAGAAAUAUGAGGAGUUCGAGAUCAUGACCGAGCGCUACGAGACGGACGCGUACUCGGUGCGAACGUGCAUGGAUGAGUGCAAGGUGGUGUACAAGCCCUGGCUCUGUGCUCAAUAUUUCCAGAGCAAUCAGUCCAGCUGUAGCCACAAGAUCCCAUGUGAGCAGUACUGUUUUGAGGUCCAACAAAGAUGUCCCUUCAUAUUGCCUGACAAUGAUGACCUUAUACAUGGAGGAACUCCCAGUUUUAUAUGUACAGGGCUUUUGGAAAAUGCAGAAAACACCAAGCAUGAGCCACAGUGCUGUGAUGUGCGGUGGGAGUUAAAAGUCAAUGAAUGUUCGCACAGCACAUUCAAAAGGACUCAUCCCUCACGCCAGCAAACGUCUGCUGCGACCUCGGGGGCUCCGAGGCUGAAUCAAUCCAGACUAAAGCUCUGCUUGCUAGUCCUAGUCCUCUUGCACACGGUAGCGACCAUUACAGCUGCCCAGAACUCCACCUGCCUAGCCACCAUCUUUCCAUUGGAGGACAAUGCCCCCAGAGAAGAGUGACUAGAUGUGUGUGUGGGGCUAGCUCUAGCCAAUCAGCAUGCUCCAAAAAUUGAAUGAUGGCCAGUAAGGAACUGGGCCGAACCCGAGUCGACCCAAGCACGCCAGGCACGCCAGGCACGCCAGCAGAUCCCUAGCUGCGCUUUACAUGUUCAGUGCUCUUUUUGCCCCAGGUAGAAGGAAUGACAGGAUUCAAGAGAAGAGCACGGAGAUAUGGAGGAAGAGGAAGACCAAGGCUGUGUUAUUUUGAGAUGUCAGCUCUCAUACUGAAAAGUAUAUAUUUUUUUUUUUUUGUUGUUGUAUCAGAUGAUGGUCAGCCUUUUUUCCUUUUUUUUGCUUCAGCCGUCAAAAUGGGUUUUAGUGUAUGCCAAAAAAUUAAAUGGAAAGAGGGAAGAAAGCAAAGUUAUAUGUAUUAUCUCCCAGUCAAACCACUCUGUCAUACUCUGUUGUUUCACAUUUGACACUUACAUCAGAAUACAUACAGUAUACAUUAUGGGAGGAUAUUCCGAGCAAUUUUCAACCGUAAUGCAAGAUUUGCAAUUUCUUUCGGAUUAAUGUUACAAUUAACGUGUUCACGUAUGGAAAACGCAAUUAUACUUUCUUUCGGCUUCUCCUAUUAGGGGUCACCACAGUGGAUCAUCCGCAUGUUUGAUUUGGCACAUGUUUUUACGCUGGAUGCCCUUCCUAACGCAACCCUCCCCAUUUAUCCGGGCUUGGGACCGGCACUAAGAGGGGUUGGUUCCCUGACCAGGGAUCGAACCCGGGCCUGCAAAUACAAUUUGCAAUUCCUUUUAAAGACUAUCCAGAAUAUCCUUCCAUAAUACAUGCAGUUGCAGUAGCUAAAAAUAUAUGAACAGUAGGCUGGUUAUGGAUCUACCAAUAACCGUUGUUUAUUAUUUACCUGAUUCAGAUACAUUCUGUUCUUGCCUUGCAAAAAAGUUGUAGACAAGGCCAUAUCAAAAGAGUCUUAAAAAGAGACCACCAUAACAAUGUUAUGGUGUAUUAUAGUAUUUCCCAUUUUGUUGUAUAUCCACAAAACGACAGCGCUGCUUAGCAGACUACAUUAUGACCCUGUUGUUCUCCUAAUACUUACUGGGAAGUUGAUAUCUUUAAUGUGCAGUGAAAAUGUGAAAAUAUGUGGUAAUCAACCACCCUAAUUUUCCCCAAAUAUUGAAGGAAACCAGCCCAGAUGCCAAGUAUGAGGACCUGAUACUUAGGACCCAUAUUUCAAGUGUAUUUUAGUGUAAAAUCCUAAAAGGCUCUCUCAGAACAGCUGUUUUAUUGACAGUUUAAUCGGAUGAUUAACCAUUAUAUUGUCCCAAAUUUCCUCUUAAAUCUUAAAUUCUCCAGGCUGCAAUAAUAUGAUUGGAGUGCCUGGUCUAGCCUGGAAAAAAAAUGAAUGCACAUGAAACAGCAGCCAAUUAAUCAAAACAUCCAGUUUGAUUUAGAAUGUGGUAGUAGUAUCUUUUUUUUGAGUGGUGCAGAAAUGGUCCAAAAUGGCAUGUUUUUGACAAUUUUAUCAUCGGAUGUUCUUAUUUCCACACUCCUAUGCCCUCGGUAUGGUAACUUAUGGUAGCCUACAACGCUGAUGAGCAUCUGAAAAUGAACAUGGCAUAGUAAUCACCUGUAAUUGCGCUGUAAUUUGUUUUGGCCAUUGUAUGGGUCUUGAAUUGUCCUACACUGUUGUGUAAAGGGCUUAGCAGAUAGCAUGGUAGAGAAGGAGUUCUCAAGGGCUCAUUCUAUAAAUCUCCUUCUGUGUGUAGGACUGUACGUGUUCAGUGUCUGACUGUAUGGGCCUCUGGCUGCUGAUAUACUGUUUUGCGCUCUGUUUGACUUGGUGUUACAUCACUAACCUAUGUUAAAAGGCGUAUUUUUAUGCUUAACAUUUACUGUGUCUUUGUAAUUGGCUGGAGAACAUCGGUGGCACAUUUGUCUCGCAUAGUUACGUCUAUUAUUAAUAACGUCGCAAUAUCCCUCAAUCUGAAAGGCCCAAGUGCCUCCGCUGUCUGUUUGUCUAGUGUUUUUCCUUCAACACAGCAGUAUACAGUAUAUAGAAAUGGCAGCAGUUACAGUCAUUUAACAGUGUUUCCACACAUAUGCGAUGCUUGGGUGUGGCCAUAAUAUUUUGUGGCCAUAAAAAAAUCUCACAUAUUAUUGUUUUCAAUUUGGCUCUGACACUCGCACAGCUCGGGAAGGAAAGGACCGAAUAGCGCUGCCAAAGCAACCUCUUUUAUAUGUCAUUUUUUUGCAGUCACGGUAUAGUUAGUCUGUCAGAUCUUAUAAUAAUUGCACAGUCUCAUUUACUGCACACUUUGGUUGCACUUGGGGCCUGAUUCACAUUUACUGAGCACAUAACGUUUCUAGCUCCUUCUUUAACAACUCAGAACAAAAACACUUUAUUGUCAAAUUACACAAUACAAUAGAAAACUGGGGUGCAGGUAAUUAAAUAGAGGUAUAAUAGAUUUUUUUUGUUCUUAUUGAUAUGAA